ACUUGAUAAAAGCCAUUGGCUGUAAGAUUUCAUGAGAGAGAGAAGGAGAGAGAGAUAAAGAGAACACUGCUGUGGAAAAGCAGGUGUGAUUCAUGAAUAAACUAUAGUUUGUAACCCUAUGGGAUACUGAUGAAACAAGCAGAAUUUUCACAGACAUGGAUAAUACAAGGACACAAGACACUUUUUCACAGCUAAGCCAGGAAAAAAUCCUCAAAAUUAUGAACAUGGUGAAAAAUAAAGAAGUGAGCAUUGAAGGAGCUUUGCAUUUGGCACAGAAAGAGGUGUAUGCUGAAAAGGAUUCGCAGGAUUUGCUCACUGGCUCACAAUUUAACUUCAGUAUCUACAAAUACAAACACUAUCGGUGGCAGAAGCGAAUUUUGCAGAUUGAUUUCAACACAAAGACCAUUUUUAACAUUGAAAAAGGAAUUAUUAAGAAACAGUUCCCCUUCUCACAAGUCAAAGCCUGUGAAGAUACUGAAAGGAGACGCUUCAGCAUUGUGUUCCAUGGGCGCCAAGAUUAUGAGUUGGAAGCAGUGUCUCUUGAUGAUAAAAGGAAGAUAACAUAUCUUCUGAGCAGAGUUAUACAGAGUAAUUCAUACAAGAGACCGGCAGAGUCCUGUACUGGAAGACCUGCAGAAUGUGAUGUGAUACACGAAGGAGUGUUGGAUUUGCAGCAAAACGGUUUUACGUCCACUGAAUGGGUGAAGUACUUGGUGCAACUACGUGAAGGAGAAUUGACUUUAUAUUGCAUAGGUCUGGGAGGAGAGAACAAGAAUGCAGACCCUGUAACAAAUACAAUUAAUUUAUCAGGUGGUAAUGUGAGUGUCAGCAAGGAGAAUGGAUGUGGUACCUUUUCAGUCCACAACAAAGAACACAAUUAUUUGUUUCGAAUACCCUUUACUGUCCAAAAUAACAGGACGGAGGAUGUUAGCAAGCUCCAGAAUGAAUGGGUAUCUCUUCUAGAAAAGUACUGUCAGCUGUGGAAGGGUGGUUCACUGCCUUGGGAAGGACCUCAGGAAUGCAGCUCCUCUGAGGCUGAUUAUGAGGAAGUUAGUGUGGCUCCGAAUGAGCCCAGAGAGGACACUCUCUACACUGGUGUGAGUUCUGCAGCACCCAGUCCAAAGAAGUCUUCAGUCCCUGAGACAAAGCCUGCAGAAGAGAAAGUAGUGAUAGAAUCACCAUCUCUUCCGCUUUCCAUAAGUAAAGCAGGGGUGCCACCAGCUCCACCUGCUUUCCUGCAGCCCAGCAGCCUCUCUCCAUUGACAAAGAGAACCAAAGCCUUUCACUGGGAUGUUGUUCCUUGGGAUAAGAUUCAAAAAUCCAUCUGGGGAUCAUGUGACCCACACAAGAAAAAAAUAGAUGUAUCUAGACUCUGUGAUCAGUUCCAGAUCCAGGAUAUGGCAGUAUUUUCUGGCAAUGAACCUUCAGUGAAUCAGCACAUCAUGUUGGAUAGAAAAGUUGCACAUAACUUCAACAUUUUUCUUAAAAGUUUCCGAAUAAAACCAAGCCAGCUGAGAGAAAAAUUAUACAUUAUACAUGAAGAGAGUGGUGGACUUACAGAUGAGCAGAUUACAGCACUAAGAAGAUAUAUGCCAACACCAAAAGAUGUAGAAAGGUACCAGUCCUUCAGGGGGUCCCCUUCGGAGCUGCACGUAGUUGAUCAGUUUAUGUUAGAGAUGUGUAAAAUCCCACAUUUAGGCCAGAGGCUAGAUCUCCUGCUUUCCCUCCGUGAACUCCCUGUGAGCAUGAGGGAUCUGGAGCCUCUAAUAAACCAGAAAAUCCAAGCAAGUAAGCAGCUGCAAUCCAGCCAGAAAUUUAUUGCUGUCUUGGAAUACGUUUUAGCCAUUGGGAACCUUUUAAAUGAAAAAGCUGGAAAAGAGAAGGCUAGAGGAUUUCGACUGUCAUCUUUGAUGAAAUUGUCUCAGCUGCGAGGUAAGGAGAGGACGUUCACCUUGCUUCAUGCCCUUGUGGAACAGAUCUUCUUACAUGAGCCUGAUGUGGCUAAAUUUUCUCAGGAGCUGACAGAAUUUGAAGCUGUUCCUGACGCUUCCAUGAAAGGACUCAGUGCUGAAGUUGAUGUUUUAAAAAAAGAAUUGGAAAAUGUUACUCAGUGCAGGCGGCUUAUCAAACCCAAGACGAUCAAGGCAACACCGCAGGAGUCACAGUUCUGCAAGGAACUAAAGGAUCUAAUUCAGAAGUAUGAAGGAGACCUAUCCUUACUGUCAAAAAAAUGUGAUGAAAUGAAGAAGCUUUAUAGUGACAUACUGGUAAAGUUUGGUGAACCACAAGAUCUAGACUCUCAGGAACUAUUUGGAUGGAUAUCUUCAUUUAUUUGUGAGUUUAGAAAGGCCUGUGUUGAUGUCAUGCCAUAAGGACAAAACAAUUCUUAUAAAGAGAAGUGCAAGAAACAUUUACGUUAAUAAGUUUGAAAGUUUUACUAGUAUGAAGUACCACAUAGUAGUAUAUAAUCUUUAUAGCAGUAUACUUUGAGUUUAAGAGAUACUCAGUUGAUACUAUAUAGUUUUGUAAGUUGUACUUGACCUGUAGAAUCGCAGACGAUCUAUAACCCUUGUCCUCGUUUUUUUAAUAUGUGUGCUUUUGUACCUUGAGAUACUUGUGUAUUUGGAACAGAGACAUUCCUGACAUAUUAUGAAUUCUCUUCUAAUCUUCUUCUUUGAUACGUGAUUUUCUGACUGAGCUGUAGCUGUCACUCUCAAUGACUAAAUUUCUGCAUGGUGAUCUAAUUUUUCACUGUUUUUACUGUAAUUUUUCAGAUAAUAUUUCAUAAGUUUUAUAAUAAAAUGGGGAGCUGUUACCCACUGAGGAGAAUACUGAGCAAAAAUUCAUGUUCCUGUUAAAGCAAUGCAGCUUUAAUGUGUAAGCGAGGAAGUGUUUGGCUGGAUUGUUUUUUUUUUUUUUUCCUU